AUGAUAAGUGAUCGUUUAUUAAAACAUAAAUCUUUGUUGAAGAGCUUUAAUWGUUUGUUUCCGAUUAAAGAGAAAGACAAUUCAGAUACUUUUGAAAAUGACGUAACAGAUUUAGUAAAAAAAUAUUCAAAAUUAUUACCAUCUUUUUCUCCUUUAGUAGUUAUUGCAGAACUUAAAUUAUGGCGGACUUCUCUACAAAAUUUGUCUAAAAUUCCAUCUAAUUUAUCAGAGUUACUUAAUAAUUGUAAUGAAAAUGACUAUCCAAAUGUCUAUAAACUGUUAAAAAUCGUGGCAACUUUACCCAUUACAACAGCUACUGCAGAAAGGUCAUUUUCGACAAUGCGACGAUUGAAAACUUAUCUCAGAAAUACCAUGGCAGAGAACCGUUUAAAUGGAUUAGCUCAACUGAAUAUUCACAGGAYAAUUGAAGUUAAUCCAGAAGUAGUGUUGGAUGAAUUGGCAAAAAGAAAAAGAAAAAUUGAUUUAGUAUUGUAA